CUCUUUGGAGGUACCUAGAGAAAAAAUUAACCAAAAAUGUCACCACUCCCAAGGAACACAAUACAACAUUUCACACAUCCAAAACAUUCAUUGACAUUAUUUGAUUCCAAUACCAAAUAUUCAUGUGAUGGUUGCAAAAUCCUUGGCAUAGGUAAAAGAUAUCACUGUGCUGAAUGCGAUUUCGAUUUGCAUGAAUAUUGUGGAACAUGUCCGAUGAAACUUUCUUCGUUCUUGCAUCCUUACCAUUCGCUCAAGCUAGUCAACCGUAAGCCACAAGGCGAACGCCGAUUGGACCGUUUUUGCAAUGUUUGUUGUGAUUCUAUUGAAGGGUUGUUUUAUAGGUGUGAAGUUUGUGAAUUUGAUGUCCACCCUCUAUGUACUCAAUUGCCUGAAACACUGCGUCAUGCCCUACAUCAGGUGCAUCCUUUAAAACUAUUGGGCUCGACUGAAUCAGGAACAUGUGUUAUUUGUAGAGGAGCAUGUAAUGCUUCUUCAUGGCGUUAUAGGUGUAUACCUUGUGGAUUUGAUAUUCAUAUAGAUUGUGUGACAAUACAAUGCGAAAAGAGAACGUCAACGGAUCGAGGAAUCCCAACGUACGUUCCACCAUCUGGAUUUGAUGGUUAUGCUUAUGGAAAUCCUUAUUAUCCUAGUCCACUUAACAUGCACCACAACUACAUGCCACAACCACAACAUCAGAACAAUGGGCAGGUUCAGGCUCAUCAUGAUGGUGGUCGAAUUGGGCAAGUGAUGUUUGGUUUGGUGAAAACACUCGGAACUGGAGUGCUCUCUAACAUGAUAUUUGGGACGGACCUAUCUUCAUUCUUUGCUACUUAA